AUGUCAAGUUUCGCUCUGUACGGUACGGAGUUCGAAGCUCUAGACGCAGACACAAUUGGGGUUCCUCGUAAACCUGCAGCUAUCCAGGAUCAAAUAGCCACUGACGAAAAUGGUAGGCGUCGUUUUCAUGGAGCUUUCACUGGAGGAUUCUCUGCCGGAUACUUCAAUACUGUUGGAACUAAAGAAGGAUGGACACCACAAGAAUUCCGUUCAACAAAAGAAGAGCGAGCGCUUACACAUCAGAUGCGUCCCGAAGAUUUGAUGGAUGAAGAGGAUUUGGGAGAGUUCGGUAUAUCAGCCCGGAGAAUUCAGAAAUCGCAAGCUUUCGGUGGAGGAGGUCAAAGCACUUCAAGUCAAAAAAGGAGAUUUGCUUGGGAGCAUGACUCCUCCAGUGUUUCUUCUCUGACCGAGCGUAUCGAGACGAUGGUUCGACCUACACAUGAAUCAGUGGGAGUCCAAAUGUUAAAAGCCAUGGGAUGGAGAGAAGGUCGUGGAGUCGGAUUAGCAACCAAUAGGCAGAUACGAGAACGAGGCGGUUCGAGUAAAGAAGCUGAUUUCGAUAGAAAACAGGCAGCGAAGAUUGCUCCAGGCUACCAAUUAGCUUUGGAAGACGAAAUUCUUCAGCAUUUAACGCCUGUAGAGGGAGUCUCCGGAUUAGGUUAUAAAGGACUCCGAGAAACAGCAGUUCUAGAUGAAGGAUAUGGCCAGUUGGAAGCUGCUCUAAAAACUAAAAGUAGAUCAAAAGGAAUCAGAGGACAGGCUUUCGGUGUGGGUGUUUUUGAAAAUGAUGACGAGAGCGUAUAUUCCAAUUACGAUUUGACUCAAUACGACUUCUCCAUUGGAGGCCCAGCUCAAAAAAUUGAAGCGCCUGAAGUAGACUGUACUUUCGAGGAAAUGCCAAAAAGAUUGAAUUCAAGAAAGUUUUAUCCUCCGCCCAAGCUCCCUCCUAACUUUAGAGCUCAUCAUAAAAUAGAGGCGAUCGAUGUGAAGAAACUGCCCGAAAUGGUUCAGAGCGCGAUGAAAAACUUGAGUGUUGUUCAAAGAGCUAGGCUUUUGGGAGAAGAUAGGAUAUCUGUGAUGGAGUUGGUUGGAAGUAAAGAUAGAAAAACUCUAGAAAAAGCCAGAGAGAGACAACGUAGUCGUUGGGAUAUGACGGACGAGGAGCUGAUAGAGAGUGAACAAAAAAUUAACGUGGAUCGAAUAGUUUUCCCCGAUGAACCUAUGAAACAACGUCGCUUUAAAGAAUUUCUCAACUACUUGCGGAGAGGUCUCCCUUACAUGCAACCGACUGAUAUGUCCGUGUGGGAAUGGGAAGCUGAAAAAAAAGAUUUCGAAGAGAAGCUGACCCCUGAUGAAAGAGGCAUGCUGCCUGAAGUUCGCUCUCGCUCGCAGCCUUUAGUCAAAACUGCUUUAUCUUUACCUAUUCUGGAGAUUAUGCAGAAUAAAUUCACAAAAGAAACAGGAACGAGUGGAAAUAUAGGAAGAAAAGACGAAGACAAACUAGCUGCUGUUAAAGUCGGAAUUUUCGGUGACAAAACUCGAACCACUUUUGAAUGGUACCCAGAUAGUCUUCUUUCUAAAAGAUUCAAUGUUCCUCAUCCUUACCCUGGAUCUAAACUUGUAGGUGUUCCUCACCUUCAAAAGCCAGUGAAAAGAGAGAAUGUGAUGAAUCUUGGAUUGCCAACUACUGCCACCCAAGUGUUCCAAAGUCAGCCAGACGUCAUUCCAAUCGAAGAUAUAAAGAAAGAGGAAGGUUUCGAUGAGGAAAAUGUCGAGGAAAGCGUUGAAAAACCGCCACAAUCCAUUUUCGACGCCAUUUUUGCCGAGUUUGCCGUGAGUAGCAGUGAUAGUGAAAGUGAAGAUGAUGAUGAAGACGUUCGGAAGAAGAAGGAAGUCAAGGAAGAGCCCGAAGACGAUUACGCAGAAGAGAAACCAUCUACUUAUGAGCCGAGAAGCCAGGAGAAGGUUAUGACGGUUAUGGAUCUCGAUCAAGAGUACGGUCCUGCCCCACCAACUAGCAUGCAGGCGAAUGAUAAUCUGACCGCAAGCACCGUUUUGAGAUAUCUUGAAGAAGAAAUCGCGAGAAAGAAGGCAGAGAAAAAGAAGAAGAAGAAAUCGAAGAGCCAUAAGGAACAUAAGGAUCACAAAUCUAAAAAGUCGAAAAAGGAAAAGAAAUCGAAAAAGAGCAAGAAAGAACACAAAAAGAAACACAAGAAAGAGAAGUCUCACAAAAAACGUAGCAGAUCCAACUCAUCGGGCUCUUCAUCUUCUUGGUCAAGUGGCGGCUCCGGAUCGGAUUCGGAUUAG